UUGUGGGAGAACCGGCGGCGUGGAGUAGGGGCGUAAGCUUGCAGGUGGAAGUCUUUCAGACUCUCGAGAAGCGAUGACGGAACGGAAAGGGACAGCUAAAGUCGACUUCUUGAAAAAAAUAGAAGAGGAAAUCCAACAGAAAUGGCACAAUGAAAGAGCAUUUGAAGUUAAUGCACAAGAUGUAGCAAGUCACAAAAGCAAUGGGAAAUAUUUUGCUACUUUUCCUUAUCCAUACAUGAAUGGCCGGCUUCACCUAGGACACACAUUUUCUUUAUCGAAAUGUGAGUUUGCAGUUGGUUACCAGAAACUGAAAGGAAAGAAAUGCCUAUUUCCUUUUGGACUUCAUUGUACUGGCAUGCCCAUUAAGGCAUGUGCUGAUAAGCUGAAACGAGAAAUGGAGCUGUAUGGCUAUCCACCAGAAUUUCCAGAUGAAGAAGAGGAGGAGGAGGAAGAGGAAUCAAAGCAAGAAGUGGUCAUUAAAGAUAAAGCUAAGGGCAAAAAGAGUAAAGCUGCUGCUAAGACUGGCUCCUCAAAAUACCAGUGGGGCAUCAUGAAAUCUUUAGGCCUCUCUGAUGAAGAAAUAAUAAAAUUUUCAGAGGCUGAACAUUGGCUUGGCUAUUUCCCACCUCUGGCUCUUCAAGAUUUAAAACGCAUGGGACUAAAGGUAGAUUGGAGACGUUCCUUUAUUACUACCGAUGUCAACCCCUAUUAUGAUGCUUUCGUACGGUGGCAAUUUCUAACUCUCAGAGAAAGGAGAAAACUUAAUUUGCCUUGUAGGUAUACUAUUUAUUCACCAAAAGAUGGUCAACCCUGCAUGGAUCAUGAUAGACAAACAGGGGAGGGUGUGGGACCUCAAGAAUACACACUAAUCAAAAUGAAGGUGAUAGAGCCUUACCCUCUGAAAUUAAGUGGCCUUAGAGGAAAGAAUAUCUUCUUGGUAGCUGCUACUUUGAGACCAGAAACCAUGUUUGGGCAGACUAAUUGUUGGGUUCGGCCUGAUAUGAAGUACAUUGGGUUUGAGACUCGGAAUGGGGAUAUUUUUAUUUGCACACAGAGGGCAGCCAGGAAUAUGUCCUACCAAGGCUUCACAAAAACCAAUGGGGUGGUACCUGUCGUGAAAGAAUUGAUGGGAGAAGAGAUCCUUGGUGCUGCACUUUCUGCUCCUCUGACAUCCUAUAAAGUCAUCUAUGCUCUUCCAAUGUUGACUAUUAAGGAAGAUAAAGGUACUGGAGUGGUUACAAGUGUACCAUCUGAUGCUCCAGAUGACAUCACAGCCCUGAAAGACUUAAAGAAGAAACCGGCUUUUCGAGGGAAGUACGGCAUUAAGGAUGAAAUGGUCCUGCCUUUUGAACCUAUACCUAUCAUUGAGAUCCCUGGGUAUGGCCACCUUUCUGCUCCACUGGUCUGUGAGGAGCUGAAGAUCCAGAGUCAGAACGACAGAGAGAAACUUGCAGAAGCCAAAGAGAGAGUAUACCUGAAAGGAUUUUAUGAAGGAGUAAUGCUUGUGGAUGGAUUCAAAGGCCAGAGAGUUCAGGAUGUCAAGAAGCUUAUUCAGAAGAAGAUGGUAGACAACGGUGAAGCAAUGAUUUAUAUGGAACCCGAGAAACAAGUUAUAUCUAGAUCUGCAGAUGAGUGUGUGGUGGCUCUCUGUGACCAAUGGUACCUGGACUAUGGUGAAGAGACCUGGAAGCAGCAGACCCAUGAAUGUCUGAAAAACCUUGAGACUUUUUGUGAGGAGACCAGAAAAAACUUUGAAGCCACCCUGAAUUGGCUCCAGGAACAUGCCUGCUCAAGGACGUACGGCCUAGGAACUCGUAUGCCUUGGGAUGAGCAGUGGUUAAUAGAAUCUCUCUCUGAUUCUACUAUCUACAUGGCCUACUAUACAGUUGCUCAUUUCCUACAGCCUGAUCAUUUGAAUGGACAAGGAGAAUCUCCACUGGGCAUUAGAGCAAGCCAAAUGACAGAGGAGGUAUGGGACUACAUCUUCUUUAAGACGGCUCCAUUCCCCGCAACAAAAAUCCCUAAGGAGGCUUUGGAUAAACUGAAGCAAGAGUUUGAGUACUGGUAUCCAGUGGAUAUACGUGCUUCUGGCAAGGAUCUUGUUCCAAAUCACUUGUCUUACUACCUUUACAAUCAUGUAGCCAUGUGGCCAGAUCAGAGAGAAAAAUGGCCUGUAUCUGUCCGAGCAAAUGGGCAUCUUCUCCUUAAUUCAGAGAAGAUGUCUAAAUCUACAGGCAAUUUUCUUACUUUGAGUCAAGCUAUAGAUAAAUUUUCAGCUGAUGGCAUGCGGCUGGCGCUGGCUGACGCAGGGGAUACUGUUGAAGAUGCAAACUUUGUGGAAUCCAUGGCAGAUGCUGGCAUUCUCCGCCUCUAUACAUGGGUGGAAUGGGUGAAAGAAAUGCUUGCUAACUGGGACAGUUUAAGAAGCGGGCCUGCCAGAACCUACAACGACAGGGUCUUUGCCAGUGAAAUGAAUGCAGGCAUAAUAAAGACAGAACAAAACUAUGAGAAGAUGAUGUUUAAGGAAGCUCUUAAAACUGGAUUCUUUGAAUUUCAGGCAGCGAAAGACAAGUACCGGGAACUUGCCGUAGAAGGAAUGCACCGAGAAUUGGUGUUCCAGUUUAUUGAAUCACAGACUCUCCUGCUAGCUCCAAUCUGCCCUCAUGUGUGUGAAUAUAUUUGGAGCUUGUUGGGCAAGGCUGAAUCCAUCAUGAAGGCUUCCUGGCCUGUGCCUGGGGUAGUAGAUGAAAUCCUUGUCCAGUCUUCCCAGUAUCUGACAGAAGUAGCCCAUGAUCUCCGUCUGCGUCUAAAAAACUACAUGGCACCAGGAAAAGGAAAAAAGGGCAACAAAGAAAUACCACAGAAGCCAUCCCACUGCACCAUUUAUGUGGCCAAGAACUACCCUCCGUGGCAGCACAUCACACUGUCGGUUCUACGAAAACAUUAUCAGACCAAUGGAGGACAGCUUCCAGACAACAAAAUAAUUGCCACUGAACUCAGCUCCUUGCCAGAACUGAAAAAAUACAUGAAAAGGGUUAUGCCUUUUGUAGCAAUGAUUAAGGAAAAUUUAGAGAAGAAGGGAUCCCAUGUGCUUGAUCUGGAGCUGGAGUUCGAUGAACAGGCUGUCCUGCGGGAGAAUAUAGUCUAUUUGACGAAUUCCUUAGAGCUGGAACAUAUAGAAUUAAAAUUUGCCUCUGAAGGAGAUGAGAAAAUUAAAGAAGAUUGCUGCCCUGGAAAGCCGUUUUGCAUAUUCAGAGUAGAACCUGGUGUGUCUAUCUGUCUAAUAAACCCUCAACCAGCAAAUGGACACUUUUCUACAAAGAUUGAAGUCAGGCAAGGGGAUGGCCGAGAUGCAAUAAUAAGACGCUUAGUGAAGAUGAACAGAGGAAUUAAAGAUCUUUCCAAAGUAAAAUUAAUGCGAUUUGAUGAUCCUCUCCGGGGACCCCGACGUGUUCCUGUGCUUGGGAAGGAAGAUGCUGAGAAGUCUCCCAUUUUAGAUGAAGCUGUCUUUCAUAUAGACCUAGCUCAAAAGAGGGUUCGACUCACUGAGAAUGGACAGACAACUGAUAUUGGAGAUACAUUGGUCUAUUUAGUUAAUUAGAUUUUGCAAGUGUUGGGUUAAUCAGUGUUAACUCUUUAAUCAACACCGAUGCUUUUCAGGCGCUUGCUAAAUUCAGGCAAACUUAACUUCAAGGGGGAAAAAAGGUUCAUUUGCAUGGAGAUCAAUCUCCUGCAGUUUUUAAAAUGUGGAUACAAUAAAUCUAUUUUCCUUGCCUGAGGCUUUUCUUGAGAAUGUCCUUCCUACUUCUAGCCAAGGUACAGAGUUUAUUAAAAAUAAUGUUUAUGUAAUUUGACAUGCAUGUGCAAUAUUGGCACUUAUAAUAGCAAUUCUGGACUAUAUAUAGUAGAAAUAUUGAUAUGUCAGAAGUGAAGUCAUCCUGGCCUUUAUCUAGAGUUGACCAUCCUUUUGAGAGAAGGCGAUCCCAGUAAUUUGGUGUGUGACACCCUUGAGAGCAAAAAAAGCAACAGGAUUCUAUUUAAAAACUUCUCCGGAGCUUUGUUUCCAUUUGAUUUUUCCAUUUUGACAGUGCGUGGAUCAAGUGUUUCAUGCAGUCAGCAUCCCGUGAGGGGAAGGAAGAAAAUUGGAGCUCUAUAGAAUCAGACUUCACUGCAAGUGAAGUAGGCUCUUUGUUUCCCUUUAUACCAACCUUCUCCAGUUUGAUGAUCUCUCUUACGUUUUGGGCUACCUUCCAUUGAUAUUAAUUAAUAUAGCAAUAGCACUUAGAUUUAUAUAUUGCUUAAUAGUGCUUUAUAGUGCUCUCUAAGCGGUUUACA